UUGAUGUUUAUAGAAGAAUAGAGAAUCACCUUGAAGAACAAGUAAAGUUUACCGGAACAAAGUUUGGUGAAGCAUACAUUAAGUUUACACACAUUAUCAAUAUUACAUAUACACCAGAGAGGAAAAGUCUCAGUGAUGCUCUGAUCCGUGGCACUCUUGAUGAAAAGCUUAGCAAAGAUCAUAUUCCAUAUGUACUAAUACAAGUUAAAAAUUGGUCUACAGAUAAUAAAGGUUAUGACUAUCCACUCUCUGCAACAGCUUCACUCAUUGAGGAACUUCCACAUAUGCCAUUUUUGUCAUUGUAUUUGCAAUUAGGUGCAACAAAAGAGUUUAUUGAUGUUCCAACAGAAUUUUUUGAAUCACCUCAAACAUGUCAAAUUGGUUUGUGCAAGCAAAAAAUUGAAGAAGUUUUGAAAGAUUAUCAAACAGAUGAUGAUGAAGCAAGAGAAAAUUUUAUUAAGAAGAUUAGAAUUGAUGACAAUAAUGAUGUCUCAAAUGCUGAAAUCACAGCAUUCUGUGAACAUUUUCAGAUGCCACUUGCAUUAUUUGGAUUAUCUUCAAAUAUCUAUAGUUGUUUGAAACAGUUUACAUCAAAUCCCACAACCUCAUCAUUAGAUCUCACAAGUAGCUUUAAGCAAUUAUUGACUGCUUGGGUUGAUCCUACACUGGGAGAAUGUCCAAAAAAAAUGAAGAUAAUUAAACAUAUGGUACCAUUGGUAUACAAGAUGGAGUAA